CGGCCGCCCCUCCCCGGCCCCGCCGCCGACCCGGGCCUCGCCGCCGUCCCGGCCGCGGCCCGAUGUGGGAGGCCCGGGCGGCGGCGCGGUCCUCGGCGGGGCUCGGUGGACCUGGGGCCGCCCCACCGGGUUUCCGUUUGCUUUUGUCUCCGAGGGGGAGCGGGGGGGACGCGCGGAGCCCGAGCCGGGGGCGCAGCCGCAGGCCCGGGCUGGCCUGCCGCCCCCCGCCCUCCUCUGCGGCCGCGGGCGGCGGCGGUCCCCGGGCGCCGCUCCGGGGCCGGACGAGGCCGCGGCCCGGCGGUGUUUGGGCCCCGCAUCCCUGCGGCCGCCGUUGGCAGCUCGCCCUGCGGCCCGCUCGGCCCGCCCGGCCCGCCCGAACGGCUUCUUCCCGCCGCCGCCCCGCCGGCUGCUCCCAGGCCUCCUCCGUCCCUCCGAGCCCGGCCCCACGGGGCUCCACGGCCGCCCGGCCCCCGCCCGCCGUCUUCCCCGGGCCCGGCGCCGGGGCAGCGGAACCUGCCGCCCACGGCCGGGGCUGCGCCGGCCCCGCGCUCCGCCGAGCGGCCGUGCGGCCUGCACCGCGGGCCCCGGGCGGAGAAAGGGGGUGACAAACAGCAUGUUUGGUGCUUCAAGGAAGAAGUUUGUAGAGGGGGUUGAUGGUGACUACCAUGAUGAGAACAUGUACUACAGCCAAUCAUCGAUGUUCCCACAUCGGUCAGAAAAAGAUGUAGAGUUGCAGAAGUGGAUCUUAGAAUGGCACUUCAAGAGGAGGAAGAUGCUGGCAUCACCAUCAACAUCAGGUCAGCUGUCUCAGUUUGGGGCAAGUUUAUACGGGCAACAAAGUGCACUAGGCCUUCCAAUGAGGGGAAUGAGCAACAAUACCCCUCAGUUAAAUCGCAGCUUAUCACAAGGCACUCAGUUACCGAGCCACGUAACGCCAACAACAGGGGUACCAACAAUGUCACUUCACACGCCUCCAUCUCCGAGCAGGGGGAUAUUGCCUAUGAAUCCUAGGAAUAUGAUGAACCACUCCCAGGUUGGUCAGGGCAUUGGAAUUCCCAGCAGGACAAACAGCAUGAGCAGUUCAGGGUUAGGCAGCCCUAACAGAAGCUCUCCAAGCAUAAUAUGUAUGCCAAAGCAGCAACCCUCUCGACAGCCUUUUACUGUGAACAGUAUGUCUGGAUUUGGGAUGAACAGAAAUCAGGCAUUUGGAAUGAAUAACUCCUUAUCAAGUAACAUUUUUAAUGGAACAGAUGGAAGUGAAAAUGUGACAGGACUGGACCUCUCAGAUUUUCCAGCACUAGCAGACAGAAACAGAAGGGAAGGAAGUGGCAAUCCAACUCCAUUAAUAAACCCUUUAGCUGGAAGGGCACCCUAUGUUGGGAUGGUAACAAAACCAGCAAGUGAGCAGUCCCAGGACUUUUCAAUACACAAUGAAGAUUUUCCAGCAUUACCAGGCUCCAGCUACAAAGAUCCAACAUCGAGUAAUGAUGACAAUAAAUCUAAUUUGAGUACAUCAGGCAAAACAUCAUCCAGCACAGAUGGGCCCAAGUUUCCUGGAGAUAAAAGUUCAACUACGCAAAACAACAACCAGCAGAAAAAAGGGAUCCAGGUGUUACCUGAUGGUCGGGUUACCAACAUUCCUCAAGGGAUGGUGACGGACCAGUUUGGAAUGAUUGGCUUGUUAACAUUCAUCAGGGCAGCAGAGACAGAUCCAGGAAUGGUACAUCUUGCAUUAGGCAGUGAUUUAACAACACUAGGUCUCAAUCUCAACUCUCCUGAAAAUCUUUAUCCCAAAUUUGCAUCCCCAUGGGCAUCAUCACCUUGUCGACCUCAAGACAUAGACUUCCAUGUUCCAUCUGAAUACUUAACUAACAUUCACAUUAGGGAUAAGCUGGCUGCAAUAAAACUUGGCCGAUAUGGAGAAGAUCUCCUGUUUUAUCUCUAUUACAUGAAUGGAGGAGAUGUAUUACAGCUAUUAGCAGCAGUAGAGCUAUUUAACCGGGAUUGGAGAUACCACAAAGAAGAACGAGUAUGGAUCACGAGGGCACCCGGCAUGGAGCCAACAAUGAAAACCAAUACGUACGAGAGGGGAACAUAUUACUUCUUUGACUGUCUUAACUGGAGGAAAGUAGCUAAGGAGUUCCACCUGGAAUAUGACAAAUUAGAAGAAAGGCCUCAUCUGCCAUCAACCUUCAACUACAACCCUGCUCAGCAAGCCUUCUAAAGACUUCCCUUUUCUUGGGGUAUGGCUGUCUCAGCACAAUACUCAACAUAACUGCAGAACUGAUGUGGCUCAGGCAUCCUGGUUUUAAUUCCUUGAGGAUCUGGCAAUUGGCUCAUGCGAAGGGUCACCAUUUGAGGUCCUGCCUUACUAAUUAUGUGCUGCCCAACAACUAAAUUUGUAAUUGUUUUUCUUUAGUUUGAGCAGGGUCUGAAUUUUUGUUUUUGAUUUCUUUUUUGCCAGCAGACAAGCUUGGGUCUGUAAAGACAAGCGAGUACACUGACAAAAGUUUACCACUUAGUUUUCCAAAAUGUAAAAACAAAAAAAAAGAAAAAAGACAAAAAAUUAGACAACAAAAUUUGCAUUGUUCAUUGUAGCACUAUUGGUAAUAAAAAAUGUUUGUGCAUUUUUAUGUGAAGAUCCUUCUCGUAUUUCAUUUGGAAAGAUGAGCAAGGUUUGCUUCCUUCAUUUUACUUCCCCUUCUGUCUUUGAAAGGCAGUUUUCGCCAAGCUUAAUGCAAGAAUAUCUGACUGUUUAGAAGAAAGAUAUUGCCACAGUCUCUGGUUAGUUUCCAGGGUUGUGUAUUACUGAGCUUCAUCUUUCCAGAAUGAGCAAAACACUGUCCAGUCUUUGUUACGAUUUUGUAAUAAAUGUGUACAUUUUUUUUAAAUUUUUGGACAUCACAUGAAUAAAGGUAUGUAUGUACGAAUGUGUAUAUAUUAUAUAUAUGACAUCUAUUUUGGAAAAUGUUUGCCCUGCUGUACCUCAUUUUUAGGAGGUGUGCAUGGAUGCAAUAUAUGAAAACGGGACAUUCUGGAACUGCUGGUCAGGGGACUACUUUGUCGCCCUGUGCACUAAAGGGCCAGAUUUUCAGCAGCCAAGGACAUCCAUACCCAAGUGAAUGUGAUGGGACUUAAAGAAGUGAACUGAGACAAUUCACUCUGGCUGUUUGAACAGCAGCGUUUCAUAGGAAGAGAAAAAAAAAAGAUCAAUCUUGUAUUUUCUGACCACAUAAAGGCUUCUUCUCUUUGUAAUAAAGUAGAAAAGCUCUCCUCA